AAAAAAAAAAUAAAAAAAAAAUCUAAGCCUUCUGGGAGUCGGCUGUCGACUUCCCAGCGGCCUCCCCGCCUUCAUCGCCAAUCGGCUCGGUCCGAGCGCCUUCCCCUUCCCCAACCGGAUCCGUAUCAGGCUGCUCGACUUCAAUCUCCUCAUCGACCGGCUCUUCUUCGUAGUCCGCACCACUCGGCUCGACCAACUCAACUGGGCCGACCAAGGGAAGUGGGGGGACCUCAAGCUGAGAAGAUAGCUCAGCUGAAUGAAUGGCCUUGGCCGCAAGGCCACUCCACCACGCAUGGCCGGGGGGAAGAACUGCCUCCUGGUAACCGACAGGGUCGGGGAGA